AUGAAGAGCGUUCUGUGGGCCACGGUUUUAAUUUUGGUUGUCAUUGUCAGCAUCGGAGAAUCCAAAAAUCAAGGAAAAGCAGGCAUAUCAUCGUCAUUGGUGGGCUAUGGUGGUACCACGACUGCGACAGGAAGCGGCGGACUCGCUGACGGACUGAAUAAUCAGAAUAACAAGCCAACGGUUGACGUCAGUGGAGGAGAGAGUUCUGGUAGCUCCAGUGACGUUGCGGACAGUGGGAACAAUGCGGACAAUGGGGACAAUUUGGGCAGCGUGGACAGCAAUUCUCCAGCUGGAGGAGGAAUAGGUGGCGCAGGUGGUUCAAACAACGUUGCAUCAGGUGACGCAACAGCAGACCAAGGAAACGGUCAGGUCGGCGGCGACUCUUCGACGCCCUCCAGCGACGCGUCUUUAAAUCUUGUAGAUUCUUCGUCUCAAAAUAAUGGCGCCGGUGGGACCGCGACGGACGCUUUCGGCAACAUUUUGUCAUCGAACUUCAGGAAUAAUUGGCGAUCCUUCGGCAUCAAUUACGAUUUCGAAUUUGUUCUCGUCCACUCCCAAACUGUCAGUGCUGGGCUCAAUUCCUCCGGGCUCAACAGCUCCAGCGGACCCACUGCUGAGAACUUCAACAAUAUCCGUUUCCCUUCAAUCAACAACCACUCCAGGAACUACCAUCACUACAACAACAACCACUACAACGGCGACGAAUCCAACAGAGGUCCCUUCUCCAGGUAA